AUGGCGUCCUUUGACCCGUCACUCUCAACGAGUGGCAUGCGCCCUCCUCUCGCCUCGGCGGAUGCUCCGUCCAUGGCAGACUCGCUGCCCAGCAUCAACUUUGGAUUCGAGGACUUACGCAACCGUAUGGCUCAAUUCACUGCCAAGUUCGACGCGUUUAUCGAGCGAGGCCGAAAACAGGUUUUGGAGGAAAGGAAUCAAUUUCAUAUCAAUCUCGCCGAACAUCAAGAGGAUGAACGGAUGCGACAACGAGAUAUUGAAAUCAUCGCGCUGAAAUCUCAAACCCAUGAACAAAUGCUGCAAAAAGAGGCGGCCGAGGCAGCCGAAAUGCAUGCCGCCAUUUCUUCCAUCACCAUGGAACGCGACACCCGUCUUUCCAAGCGUGAUCGCCUCAAGCAGCAGAUCGCGGAGACGCAGAAAGCCAUCAAUCAGAAACGCGAGGCGCAAAAGACCCACGCGCAGCAUCUAGAUGCCCAGUCUCGUCUCAACUGGCCCGAACUUGAGUUCUGGCAGGACUAUCUUUGUUUACGCAUUGAAGGAGCCGGCCGGGAAGACCGCUUGAAGUUUGUGUACAGCCAUCUCUUGGAGAAGGAUUGGGAGGCGGAAGCUUGGUUUGAAUUAGGCACCGCUAGCCGCGAUUACGAGGUUUUUCACACGCGGCCCAAGGUCGACCGCGAGGCGUUGGAGCGCGAAGUGGAUCUCGUCAACGACGACCGAGACUUUGGUGCAUUCCUCAAGCGCAUGCGCAAAUUGUUCCUAGAGGCAAUGAGUUGA